AACCAACCCUCUUAUCUCUCUCUAUCCCAACCCCCAAACAAACACAACUCUCUCUAUCAACAAAACCAACCAACACAAGAAAGAAAGAAAAACAAUGGACUUGUACGGUUCCUUUUCCACCCCUUCAGAUUGCUUACAUAUUGAUGAUUUUCUAGAUUUCUCCAACAUCACCACCGACACCCACCACCACCUUCCUCCUCCGCAAAACUCUCCAUUAAUCUCCCACGACGACGCCAAUCUCUUCUUCAAUUUCCCUUCCGUUCCGACCGACGAAGCGGCGGAGCUGGAGUGGCUCUCCCAGUUCGUGGACGACGACGCGACGUCGUUUCACAGCUUCCCAGCAACCGCAUCGAUUGGAUCCCACUCGACGUCGUUUCUCUCCAACAAUAACAACAGAAACGAUAAUAACGAAUAUCCCAAAUCUUCAUUAUCUUCAAACAUUCCAUGUUCUUCAGCGGUGGCGGGAAAAUCGAGAGCGAGGAGGGAAGGGUCGGUUACCGGCGACGGCGGCGUGCGGCGGUGCAGCCACUGUGCCUCGGAGAAGACGCCGCAGUGGCGCGCGGGACCGCUGGGACCGAAGACGCUGUGCAACGCGUGCGGGGUUCGGUUCAAGUCGGGUCGGCUCGUACCCGAAUACCGACCCGCGGCGAGCCCCACGUUCGUGCUGACUCAGCAUUCGAACUCGCACCGCAAGGUCAUGGAGCUCCGUCGCCAGAAGGAGCUGCUCCGCCACCAACAACAACAACAAUUACAACAAGAGCAAUGCCACCGUCACACUCACAACCACCACGAUUUCAAAGUUUGCUGACGUGUCCUUUGUAUCCAUCCAUCCAUUAUUAUCUAAUGAAUUGCUCAAUAAAUGAGUGCCAUAAACGGUGAAGCAGAGAUAGCGCUAUUUGUUUCUUGGCUGUUUAUUUAUGCUCUCUCUCUGAUCUCAAAUUGAGUGAAGGGUUGAUUUUUUUUUUUUUUUCUUUUUUAUGUCGAGGAGAAGAGAAGUGACCUUCGUGGGGAAAGGGAAAAAAAUUGUCUUUACUGUUACGGUUUUAAAGCUUCAACUGUCAUUUGCUGCAUUUUCACUAGGAGUGAUUGCAGGAGAUACGUUUGAAUUUGAAUUAAUUUAAAUUAAUUUGAAUAAAUUAUUUUUAUAUUUGAGUUAAAAUCAAA